GCUAGACUAGUCACGUGAUCGACAUUGUCUUAUUUUUUUCUGAUCGAGCGUUCGGUUGAGCGACACAAAUAUUUACGAUAUUUUCGCGGGGAAAAGAGUUUUGUUUCGAUGAAUUUAUCCCCCUUUUUAAAGUAUUUGAUCUUCAUAUAAAUGCCGGGAUUGAAAUAAGAGCAGGAAAUCUUUUGAGGAAGUGGAGUGACAGCCCCGCUGUAAAUCAAGAUGGCAGGUCUGUCUUUAUAUUUUGAAGACGGUCAUGAUGAUAUGGAUGACUUUGGAUUCGAUGACUAUGGUUCAGAGUGUGAUGGGAUUCGGAUAACAGCAUUCCUGGAUUCAGGCCAGGAUAAUCUCACCCCUCUGGGUCGGCUGGAGAAAUAUGCUUUCAGUGAAAACGUUUUCAACAGGCAAAUUGUGGCUCGUGGAUUGCUGGAUGUGCUCCGGGAGUUCAGUGAUAAUGAAAAUGACUUCAUCAGCGUCAUGGAAACGGUUGCCAGGAUGUCUGAGGAUGGAGAACCGACAGUGCGGGCAGAAUUGAUGGAGCAGGUACCAAACAUUGCCAUGUUCCUCCAUGAAAAUCGGCCCAAUUUCCCAGAAGCCUUCUCACGGUACCUUGUUCCCAUUGUGGUCCGGUAUCUCACAGACCCUAAUAACCAGGUGCGAAAGACGAGCCAGGCCGCUUUGCUGGUGCUACUUGAACAGGGUCUGAUGAGUAAGGCAGAUAUGGAGGGAAAGGUUUGCCCUGUGCUUCUCGAGCUCACUGAACCCAGUAGUGACGACGAUUAUAAGAUCGAGGCUGUAGCGAUAAUGUGCAAGUUGGUGACCAUGUUGACUAAAGAUACCGUGGAACACCUUUUAUUGCUGCGCUUUUGUGAUCUCUGCUGUGACGUCAGACUAUUUCAAGUCCGCAAGGUCUGUGCCGCAAACUUCGGCGAGUUCUGUUCUAUUGUUGGCCAGGAAGCCACAGAGAAACUACUGAUGCCGAAGUUUUUCGACCUUUGCUCGGACAGUCUGUGGGGUAUCCGGAAAGCCUGUGCAGAGUGCUUCAUGGUUGUUUCAAAUUGCACUUCUCCAGAAGUGCGACGCACUAAAUUGUCCCCCUUGUUCAUCAACCUCAUUAGUGAUCAGUCACGCUGGGUACGCCAGGCUGCGUUCCAGUCUCUAGGUCGUUUCAUCUCCACGUUUGCCAACCCUUCUAUCACAGGAUUGCAUUUCUGUGAGGAUGGAACCCUCUGCGAGAUCCCGAAGAUCUCCUCGGAGAGCCACAGACAGGAAGUGACCACCAGCAAUUCGAGUAACAUCCGCAAUGCCUCCAUUCAUGAUUGUUCAGACAGUCUCAUUCAGCCCCGUUCAGAGCAGCUACAAUCCACCUCAGACACAGCGGUUCCACCGUCACGUCCUCCAGAAGGCCACUCUUACAGCACCAGCAAGAACCAGCCUGAAUGCUCAACCCCUUCGUCCCACCAGAAGAUGGACGACUGCACAAUGUUCAACUCAUUCAACUUCUGGAGACCCCCACUACCUGACAUUACUCAAGAACUGCGGCUACUACAAGGAGAGAAAAGAGAUGUGGUGAUAGAAAAAGAAGAGACCGUGAGAGGGGGGAACGACAACGUGCCAAGUUUAGAUGCACAAGGCCCAGCCACCAGCUCCCAAAUCCAGAAAGUUUUGGACUGUCUUCAGCCCCACCUAGAUGAUCCUGAUGUUCAAGCUCAAGUGAAAGUGUUGUCCGCUGCGCUGAAAGCUGCUCAGUUAGAGAGUCAAACAGAAGAUGCUGAUGAGUCUGUGUCGGAGAGUAAUGGUUCCACGGGCUCACCGACGUCUGAUGAGCUCAGUGCCAUGAGUGAACUCUCCCUGACAGACACACAGAUCUCAGACUCUCCCUCCACUUCACCUGUGCUGGUAGAUGACUCUGAACACAGCAGUGAGGAAUCAGACCUAAUAGAAAAUGUGGAGGACACCAACUCACAAGUUAAAACAUGCGAAGAGGAGAAGUCUAAAGUCCAGAAUGUAAUUCCACAGCAGUUGCUGGAUCAGUAUCUGUCCAUGACAGACCCCGCUCGAGCUCAGACCGUAGACACUGAGAUCGCCAAACACUGUGCGUUCAGCCUGCCAGGUGUCGCCCUAACGCUGGGCAGACAGAACUGGCACUGCCUCAAAGACACCUACGAGACCCUCGCUACAGACGUACAGUGGAAGGUGCGACGGACACUUGCAUUCUCUAUCCACGAGUUGGCAGUGAUCCUGGGGGAUCAGCUGACCGCGGCUGACCUGGUGCCCAUAUUUAAUGGCUUCCUCAAAGAUCUUGAUGAGGUGCGAAUAGGAGUCCUCAAACACCUGUAUGAUUUCUUGAAGCUUCUUCAUGCCGAGAAGCGUCGGGAGUAUCUGUAUCAGCUGCAGGAGUUCAUGGUGACGGACAACAGCCGAAACUGGAGAUUCCGCUAUGAGCUAGCUGAGCAGCUUAUCCUGAUCAUCGAGUUGUACAGUCACAACGACAUCUAUGACUACCUCAGACAAAUUGCACUUAACCUUUGCUCUGACAAAGUGUCUGAAGUGCGGUGGAUCUCCUAUAAACUGGUGGUGGUGAUCCUGCAGAAGUUGUAUUCCUGUGAAGCUCAUGAUCUGGGUCUGAAUUACAUUAAUGAGCUCAUUAUGAGAUUCUGCCACUGUCCCAAAUGGGUCGGACGUCAGGCAUUUGCAUUCAUUUGCCAGGCAAUAGUGGAGGAGGACUGCAUGCCCAUGGACCAGUUUGCACAGCACCUUCUUCCCAGUCUGCUCAGCCUCUCAUCAGAUCCUGUGCCCAACGUGCGUGUGCUGGUGGCCAAGGCGUUACGGCAGAGCGUGUUGGAAAAACCGUACUUCAAGGACCCAGGCAGCGCUUAUUCGGAUGAGCUGGAAGAGGCUCUCUCCGAACUGAGGAUGGACAAGGACAGGGACGUGCGGUUCUUUGCCACACUGGAUCCCAACAGGAACGUCAUGGACACAGCAGCGCUCAUUUAGCACCUUUAGCCCAAUCCGCACAUGUGAACAAGCACCAGCAGGAAAAACACUAAACGGAUUUGCGGACAAGUGUUUACAAAUAGGAACUACUGACCAAGACCUUCACACACAUACACACACACACACACAAUUUAUCCUUAUCCUCUCUUAAAAUGCUCCACAUAUGACAGUAUAUGCAUAUAUUAUGCAUUUUCUGAUUUAUUCACAAAAUGGGCCUCAUUUAUACAUAAAAAUCGACUCAUGUGUAGCUAAAUUUAAAAUUGGAUACUUAAAAUAUGCAAAUGCAUGCAUAUUUAUGGUAAUACAACGUGCAAAAAUAUUUUCCACAGGGGUUUUUGCCAUUUAGAUGGUUAAAUUGGGAGAUUGCCUCGUCAAGCAAUUAAACUUUUCAUACAUGAGGCCCACGCAAUCUCUCACUUACACAUCCUCACUUUAAGCCGCUUCCUUCAGCACCCACACACACAAACACACCUUCAAACAACCAUCUCACCUCUCUGAAUGGUGCAAGAUAUCUUUUGCACCUUUGUGUGCGGUAUUCGGAGACACAAGACGCAUCUUAAAGGCGGAUCGUGUCGUUUCUUCUCAAAACCGUUCAGAUGCUACCAGCUGCCGCUCCAAAGCUAACUGUACAUUUUUUUCCCCUCCAUUUCCUUCUCUUGUGGAUUUCUUAAUACAAAAAGGACUAAGAAGACAUAAGCAGACUGACAGUGAAGUGCUACUAACUCAGGGAGACCUGAUAUUCAGAUUUUUUUAAAGCUGCAAUGGUAUCGAGCUGAGGCUGAGUGAAACUGCUGCAUUUUCCAACCACCUGACCCUGCAUUGUUGUGGGAAACAGCAAACAAGCGUCAUCUCGAGUUAUCGCAGCUCGGGAGACGAAAACCUCCCUCUUUUUGCUCGAACCUUUUUUAGCUCACAAGGAUUUGCUUUUGUCGUUCAGUACUGAUGUUUUAAUGUACACGUUUUUCUGUGUGUUUUGAGUGAGAUCCAGUUGUAUGUCCCUGAUUGGUGAAGAGCUGGUUUUAUACCUCGCCGUUUUAUAAAUGAAAGGGGCCAGUAUUUUAAAGGGGUGUCAGGAGUAAACCAAUGCUUUCCAAGCAACUUUUGCAUCCACUUGAUGACAUUUAGACACUGUACAAGCAAAAUUGUUAGACGUGCCCAGUCUUUAGAAUUCUAGUAAGACAUCAGUGAUGGUUAUUGGUUAAUUAUGAGCUGACCUGCAGAGGGCGCUGCUUGGUUGUCUGUGGAAAACAAUGAAGCAAGCACACUGUUUAGUCGCAUUUGCACAAGUUUAUCAAAGCACUCCACAGCUCCUCUGACGAUUCCCAAAUUUGCUUUAAAGUAAAUAAGCUACUACGUGCUCCAAGAUGAUAUGACGGAUCAUCGGUUUCAUGGUUGUAGUGCUCUUGGCAUGGGCGUACUUGCUUCUGGCUGCUGAUCGGUUAUUGCGACUGUAUUAAUGGUUUAUAUAUUUAAAUUGGGGGACCGGACCCACAUCAGCACGUGAGGGCAAACUUAGCCAAGAGCACUUUACUAAUCAUUAAGGGUUCAAUGGAAAGUAAAUUGCGGGCCCUUUUUUAAUAUAUAAAUAAUAAUAAAUCUGAUGAAUCAUGACGUAUCGUAUCAGUGGUUCUGAUUUUUUUUUUUUAUAAGGCAACUUCCUUGACCAAACUCAAGUGGUGCUCGGAUCCAGUGCAUUUAUUCUCACAGAUGUGUAUAUGGAAUAUGUUUAUGGACCGUGUAUAUGGAAUUGUUUUGUUUGUUUUUUUUUUUAAAAAAAGAAAAAGGAUUAGUCUAGUUCUGAAAUACAGCCUGUGAUUUAAAUUGAUAUGAUUUUAUUGACUAUAUCUACAGGAUUCAAGGCCAGUCUUUCUUUCUUUUUUUUCCUGUGGCGAUACUUGGUUUGGAAUUGUAUAAUGGGCAAAGUUGUUUUCCUUGUGUUCCCAUGUGUGUUUGUGUGCAUGCAUCUGUGUGUCCUUUUUGUUUGUUUGUUUCUUUUUUUUCUUAUGCACCAUGUUGAUAGAUUUCUAUUUUGUUAGAUUGUUAUAUUUUCCCCAAUAAAUUCUCCUGUUUGAUUUACUGAGGCACUGACAUCACUGAUAUGUCAACGAAACCACUUCAUGUGUCUGCAUACUGCAUAUGUACUGAUCCACUAGUUUUCUCAUAUUGUUACAAUAUUAAGAUUCAAGAUUUGAUUUAUUUCCCCCUUAUUGUAUACUUCUCAAUGUAUCAUGUUCAAAGAUUUUAUAUCCUAACCUUUCAGGUUACAACAUUUGUAAUUUUUCUGUGCAUCUCUUUUAAAAACAGUUUAUGUAUUGUUAUUUUUAGUAUUCGUUAAUUAAAAUAAUAUAAAUUUGAAA